AUGUCGCGCAGCCCAUCUCCCAGGCUCGGGGGUGGUGGAGGAUGGGCUAGCCCAGGUCUCACCAGCCCCGUUGAGAUCAAUGGUCGGUCCAGCCCAUCGCAGUCAUAUCGUGGUGCCAAUGGAGAUCUCACCUCAGUGACAUGGGAGUCGGCGAAAGCAAAGACGGAAGGCGUCAAUGGCUACCCGUCAUUCUCAACUCGGCACAAUGGCUUCUUCAGCAGGCAUAUGCGGUCCUUCUCGAACAGUCUUCCGAGGUUCAACAUGAGUGGGGAAAAGAGCUAUGCAGAGAAGGAAAAGCUAGGCCGAGGACGGUGGAUGCCGAGAGAUGGGAGCAGGUUGGGCCGAAUAAGGAAUGCUGUCACAAGAAGCAGCCGCAAGACGAGACUUCGGAUUCUGAUGGUACUCGGACUGAUCGUCGCAUACAUUCUGUUCUAUUCAACACCUGCGGUAUAUUACUGGCGGCGAUCAAAGCACAUCGGAGGCGGAGGCAAGAGGCAUGUUAUCAUACUGGCAGCUAAUCAAGGCGGUGGAGUAAUGGAGUGGAAGGGUCCUCGGGAGUGGGCAAUCGAGCGGGACAGUGUACGCAAUAAGAAGAAGUACGCUGCCAAGUGGGGAUACGACCUUGAGAUUGUAGAUAUGAGCACGAAGAAGAGAUACGCCCAUGAGUGGAGAGAGAGUUGGGAGAAAGUUGAUACAAUUCGAAAUUGCCUGAAGAAGUACCCAGACGCAGAGUGGUUCUGGUGGAUGGACCUCAACACCUUUAUUAUGGAGCCCUCCUACUCCCUCCAAUCCCAUAUCUUCAACAACCUGGCCGCAAACACCUAUCGCGAUAUAAAUGAAUACAAUCCCCUCAACAUAACUCACCCUUUCCAAGCCAAGCACCUGGAUGCAGACGCCCGCAGUCCAGUCGGUGACAACAAGGUUUCCUCCAUAAACCUCAUCGUCCCACAAGACUGCUCUGGCUUCAACCUUGGCUCCUUCUUCAUCCGCCGUAGCUCCUGGACCGACCGCUUGCUGGACGUAUGGUGGGACCCUGUGGGCUACGAGCAAAAACACAUGGAGUGGGAGCACAAAGAGCAAGAUGCCCUCGAGUUCCUGUACAUUAACCAGCCAUGGAUCCGCCCUCAUACAGCCUUCAUCCCGCAGCGCAAGAUCAAUUCGUUCCCCGCAGGCGCCUGCUCAGAGAAUGGCAACGAUACGCGUAUUCAUUAUGACAAGAAAGACCGUGAUUUCGUCGUCAACAUGGCCGGCUGCGAAUGGGGACGAGACUGCUGGGGGGAGAUGUACAAUUUCCGUGAGCUGAGCAACUACCUGAACCGCACGCUUUGGGAGAAGUUCAAGGAGGACCUGGUGGCGGUCAUCUGGUUCAAGAUUACGGGGAAGAAGGUCAGGUUGUAA